AUGGACAAACCUCUCUGGUUCCGCUGGCUUAGAGUUUACGCUUUUGGAGGUGCUAUUAUCGCUACUGGAUGUGUCUUGUUCAAAUACACUACUCCUUCGGACGAAGAGCUAAUUAAGGCGCUCUCGCCUGAACUGAGACUCCAGUUUGAAAGAGAACGUCAGCUACGCCAGGCUGAGCAACAAGAACUUAUGAAUAUUGUAAGAGAGACGGCCAAGAGUCAAGAUCCCAUCUGGAAAACUGGAUCGAUAGAUUCACCCUUUGAAAGAAAUGCAGGCCAGCAGUCGCGCGACCAGUUCCAACGUCUCAAGGCCGAGGAGAUUCAGCGUGAAGAAUUGCAACGUAUCAGACAGGAAUUGCAGCAAAUAAGGCAAGAAAGCGUUGAGAAAACUCAACAAGGCGUCCCCAGUGUCAAGUGGUGGAAAUUGUGGUGA